UUAGGAAUAAAAAAAAUUAUUGUUUUAUGUAAUAAAAGCGAAUUUUGAAUUUGUAACGACCUUUGCAUCAGCUGUGAAUGCGUGUGACACACAUGAACGCCAAAACAACAACAAAAACAUGAGAUUUUAUUAAUAAAUCGAAAAUACGUUCUUUGGUUCAAUUAACAGAACAGCUUGCUUGCCACACGUUUUUUACCCACUAAACACACGAAAAACAAAAAAAAAUUGUUUGAUAUUUAAAAAAAAAUGUAUAAAAAUAGCAAACGACACCGGGUGUGACACAUAAAAAUUCAUAAUUUUCGGUUUAGACAAAUACGAGAAAAGUUCCGUAAAUGAUUAAAAUUAAAAUUAAAUCAUGGCUUUUUAUCGUGUGCCUUUUGUUUGUGCUCUUCGUGCUGAUUUUCAGUCUCGACUUUUACUUUUUGCACCGUUUGAGUGUCCAAGAAAAGCGCAUUAUUCAAAUUAAGCAGGCAAAUAAGUACACUGACUUCCUUGAAACCGCCCAAAAAUCACACUUCAACUUAAGUUUUUUGUUUAACAUUAGCCGUAAAAUCGAACAAAUUCAUCCAGCAUUUAUUAAUCAGAAUCCGCAUCACCUGAGUAUUCGUCGGAAAUUGGUGAAAAGCUUUAAACCGGUUCCUUUUGAGCAUGUCGAGGAUGUUUGGAGACUUGCCAUCUCAUGGCCUUUGGAUAACGAAAUUUAUCCAGAAAACGUCGAUGACUCCAUGGGACAACUUUUACAUGCCUUACAAGUCGCAGGCAUACAAAAAACGUUCAAUUCGCAACGCGGAACGCAAUUAAAACUCGUUCUAAGGUUGGAUGGGGGACAACAAGUACUGUGGAAGCCUGGUUGGUAUACGAGAGACACGAAAAUUGAAGGUCCCGUGUAUUCAGGCAAAGAUCGUCACAACUCGGAAAUCAUUUCUUUUUAUCUGGGAGCGAUUUUUAACCUGCGAUGGACUCCAAUAGUAGCUGGAAGAAGGAUAAAUAUGAAGGAAGUGUACGAAAAAGCUGAUACAGUGCUCAAGGAAACAAUGCUCAUUAAAGGUGAACAUGAAAAUCUAAAAAUUUUGAGAAAAUUAUUCAUAAAAUUUUUAAUUUUAGACGAACAAUAUUGCGUUUACGGCAAAUGCCAUUACUGCAACAUAUCAGAACUCAUUUGUGGCGACAAAAUAUCUCACCUGGCAGAAGGCGCGGUACUUUUUCUCAUUCCGGGUCAACUGCAAAAACACAUAUCUCCAUGGCAGCGUACCUAUAAACCUCACAAAAAGGCACUUUGGGAGUCAGAUUCACACUAUUGUGGACCACUGAGGAAAAAAUUCUCGCUGGAAAGACUUUUAGACAUGAUUGACGUCGCAAUUUUCGACUAUUUAAUACAAAACGGGGAUCGUCACAGGCACGAAAGUCGCAAUAAUCGUCUUGUACUCGUUGACAACGGCAAAGGAUUCGGUAAUCCACACAUCGAUCAUCUCGAUAUUUUGGCGCCACUUUAUCAGUGUUGCAUGAUUCGUAAAUCGACUUACGAUCGAAUGUUGUUGUUCACAGGAGGAUCGUUAACUGACACUCUGAAGGAACUUACGAAAGAAGACCCGUUGGAUCCUUUGUUGACGGAUGAACAUUACAUUGCGAUGGAAAAACGACUGUUGACGGUGUUCGUAACUGUUCAAUUGUGUCAAGACAAAUUUGGAAAAGAGAUUUUUAAGUGACGUGAUCAUUCCGUGUGAAAAAGAUGAGAUUAUUUUCUGGUCAGAAACUUAAUGUUAAGAGUAGUUUUAAUGGAUUGUUGAUAUUUUUUUCAAAUAAAAAUUA